CUCUGCUCGGUCGGUGUUGAUAUCGGUUGGCUCGUAAGAAAUUUUGCAAAAAUUGGCGUGUUUUCGGUCGAAAUCGUUGGUCAAAGUGUUCGGAAAGCAUAGUUCAAUAUGAUUUCCAUUCGAUUUGAGUGGAAUUCGUUCGAUUUGUAAAGUUUUCUUGCCGAAAUUACGCGAUUCGAAUUAUCUUUGUGGUUCUUUUUUCGGGGACGGGUUUCCUUUCGCGAGAGUGACGUUUCUCGAUUCACUUCGACGGGUGUUUAUUCUAUGUGAGUGUAUGUGUGUCUGUAUAAUCGGAUGGAAUGAAGUUAUACACAAAUCCAAAUGCACAGGGGAAAAGUUUUUGAUUGCAUUGCUCAAUAGAGAUCGCGGCGAAAGAGCUCGAAUGCCAGUGUAGUGAAGGAAGAAAGCGGAAUUCUUUUCGAGGUGUGACUACUCGAAUGUUUGUUUUGGCUGCGAACAGCGGAUCGUGUUUCAGCGUAUGAGAAGAAGAUCGAUCUCACGUAAACGUGAGCAGUGAAUUGCACGGAAAGGCAAAAUUGUGUGCGUAGAGUGAUGGUGCUAGUCUGAUGUUGAUAUGUGAUGCGAUUUAAAAAUGGCUACAGCAAAUAACCGUAGGCGCGGAGGUGGCGGCGAAGGCGGCUCAUCAAAGCUGUCCUGUACUCGGUCCUGCUGUGGGGAUUUGUUCGGAUAUCUACUGCGAUUACGGGUAAGCCCGGAGGAACUCGAACAGCGAUAUAAGUCCCAGGAGAUCGACAAAUUUCUGGAGAAGGACAAGCAUGCCUUCAGAAGACAGGUCAAACUGCUGCUGCUAGGUGCAGGCGAGUCCGGGAAGUCCACCUUUCUCAAGCAGAUGCGGAUAAUCCACGGAAUCAACUUCGAGCCCGAACUAAUUCGGGAGUAUCAACAUGUGAUCUACCAAAAUUUAGUCAAAGGCAUGCAAGUGCUAUGCGACGCUAGGGAUAAGCUAGAUAUACCGUGGGAAGAUCCGACGUCUCAGCUGGAUGCGAACCAGGCGAUCCUAUUCCGCAGUGAUUCGUCACUGGGCGUUGAGCAGUUCCAUCAGUACGUUCCGGUUAUCCGAAGGCUGUGGCAGGACGGUGCGAUACAGCAGGCGUACGAUCGGCGGAGGGAGUUUCAAAUUAGUGAUUCAGUGAAAUACUUCUUAGAAGAAAUAGACCGGAUAUCAAGGUUCGACUACGUUCCCACACGUACCGAUAUACUGCGAUGUCGCAAAGCAACCAAGGGGGUGUAUGAAUUUACAAUUAGAAUACAGACCAUUCCAUUCGUGUUCGUCGAUGUUGGCGGCCAGCGGACGCAGCGGCAGAAAUGGACCAAAUGCUUUGACUGUUCGGUGACUUCGAUACUGUUUCUGGUGUCGACAUGCGAAUUCGAUCAGGUUCUCGCGGAGGACAGGAAAACCAACCGCCUAGAGGAAUCACGGAACAUCUUCGACACGAUUGUAAAUAACACCACGUUCCAGGGCAUCUCGAUCAUUCUGUUCCUGAACAAGACCGACCUGCUGAAGGAGAAGGUAAAAAAUCCCAACACCGACAUCCGCUGGUACUAUCCGCAGUUCACCGGCAACCCGCACUCGAUCCUGGACGUGCAGAACUUCAUUUUGCAGAUGUUCAUGAACGUGCGGAAGAACACCAAAACACCGAUCUAUCAUCACUUCACCAACGCGGUGGACACCCAGAACAUUCAGGUCGUGUUCAGUUCCGUCAAGGAUACGAUCCUGCAGCGGAAUUUGGCGGCACUGAUGCUGCAGUAAAAAAAAAGCCUCACACGAUUAUUAUUAGAUUUUGUAGUUGUUCCGGAAAGCCCGAAUUGUCCGCCUAUCCAGUCUUCAGUUCUUUGUUAAUUAUUGAGUAUCGUAAAACAGAAAGAGAGAAAGAGAGAGGACAUACUAAAACGAUCCAAUUUAGUUACGUUUUGUUAGAUGAAAUACGUUGGAUAGCAUGCUAUUAUUUAUUUUCUAUCGACAACAGAUUUCCACUUAUCCCUUGCUACGAAGAGAUAUUUAUGAUUUGCGACAUUCAUUGCAACAUUGUAGAAACUCUAAGUUUGUUUUUCGAUAGUUCUAUUGUAUCUUGUUCCAGAAGAUAGAAAAGUAAUCCAAUAAAACAUAAAACAUUGAAACAGAAAAAAAUAUACAGGGUUGCUUUUGAAAAAGAGCCUAACAGACAGAACGAAGCCAUCACAAUCGGAGAUUUUCUUCAAGUUGAAAAGUUGGGCAUCUUUUGCUCAAUACCAACCAACCUGUUUUGUUGUACUUCGAAGAAUCUCUUUCAACGAAAACUGCCAUAUUUUAAAGCUAUAUAAUAUUUGUCUCUCAUUGAAUAACUCUUCGCGAUUUUGCUUCGGGGUGAACCAUCUGUCAAACGAUCUAUACAUUUGAAACUGGUCACCAAAUUGAACUUUUUAGUAUUAGAAUUUAGUUGACGGUAUCAAAUGUGUAUCACUGCUCUUACGGAUGGCAACACCCUUCUCUAGCAAAAAAUAAACACUUUCCUCUGAGAUCUAAUCCGAACCUCAACUUUUGAUUGAUGAACAAUAGCGCAAACAAGAAAGGACAUCGUUCUCAAUUUAAUCAAACCAAAAAUAAUGUUAAUGAUUAUUAGACAGUUAUACGAACAAAGAAUUAUUGAUUUAAAGUGCAGUUUAUACAGUACACAUAGAUUAAUGUGAGCAACAGCGUGAAUACUUUGAGUAUAAAUCAAGUCCAGCGACACUGUAGAAAGUUAGAAACUUUUAGUUAAAACCAUUACGAAUGUAAAUAUUAAUUAAACGCACAAUUGAUAGGCUAAGCUUCAUUAAUAAUGAGCAAUCUUUUCCGUGGUAAAAAAAAUAAUAGUCCAAGCAUUUACUACAAUCACCUUCUCUGUCCACGUUCGGCCAAUCGCCGUCGGGAUAACAGGUGAAACAAGAAACAACAGUAUACUCACUAUCAUUCCUGUCCACCCAUCACCCUGUUUACUAUCGCAGUCAGUCGCAUCAAAUCAAAUCAAUCAAUGUUAUAGUUAGACUAAAAUAACCACUAAAUGUUCUGCUUGUAUCGGAUUUGCGAAUGCGCAACUGUCCCUCGUAGAAAAGCAAAAUUUACCGCGCUAAUUAUAGAACAAUACUCGAAUUCGAUCAAAGGCUAAUUUCGUGCCUUUUAAAACAUUGUUUUUUGGAAAAUCCGUUUUAAACAACUAGGAUUAUAAUAUGUACGAUCCUUAGAAACUAGCACACGAACGCGAUUUGACCGAAUAAGACUUGAUUUUACCGAACUCUGUAGCUAAAUCGACCAUUUGGAAUGAUAUUUUUAACGAUUGUCCGAAGGAAAAAAAACGGCAAUCUGUAGUUAAUAGGAAGUUUUUGCUAAACAUUUACAACUGCUAAGAAUAGAGGACUUGUUUCAAAUUUUCGGUAGUAGCUAUUUGUAAAUCGAUGUUGUGCCGCAGUAGACAGAAGCUCAGACCAAAAAAAACGUUGCGAUAAACGCAUAGCCUUUCCGGUAAGUAAACACACACACACGAAUCGUCACAAUUAACUAUUGAUUAUAGUUCGCAAUAGCGCAGUUACCCUCAAUCUCGACCACGUGGCUUUCACAGCUAACGAAAGAAAGAAAAUCUAAGCGUGCCAUGGGUUUCUAUAUGUUCAAAAAGACAAACUAAAAACAUACACAUCGUUUCUAAGGAGCCAAUUUGGCUAGCUGAAGAAAAAAAAUGCUUCUGCAUAAAAUCCCCUGAUUUUUAACAGACGAAACGAGACGAUGAUUUCAUUUAGUUUUUUUUUUAACAGUGGUGUACAUCUACAUAUUUAUACGUUUUAUAAGUUGUUGUUCAAUGUUAUAUUUCAAAACUUUAUUUGUAUAUUUGUGGAUACGAAAAGGUUUGUGUACAUUCAAAGGUAACAAAGAUAUACUGUUCUAAAAUGUAAAAAAAAUCGAAUACAAAGGGUAACAGUAAGAAAUCUAACAAAAUAGUACGUAAAAUUACACUGAAGCGAACGAAGGAACAUUUUGUCAUAUGUUAAUGGUUUAUAUCUAUAUUAAGUGUAUAUACAUCAAUCAAAUAUAAAAAAAAAACAUGGCUAAAG